AGGGACCUUUCAGAUGACACACCUCAGUGAGACCCAGCUCCAGCACAGGGUGGGAUCCUGAGCUCUGACUUGUACAGGUAACACUCCUGGGUCUUCAUGGCGUCACAAUACUCUGUUUCACUCCUCCUGGCAUCCUUUGGCCUUUGCUUGGGACUGUUCCUGGAUGUCAUGGAAACGAUCCCUGAUGGGGGGAUGAUCUUCUUUGGGAAGUUGGCCGAGGGGUCUAAAGCGGCUUCCCCUGCCAGGAGUAAACGAGCCACAGAAACCUGCCGGUCUGGCCCGAUUACCGCCAGCAUCCUGGAAGACCCACUCUUCAUCAUCCAGUACGAUGUUGAGCAGUUUGACGCCUGUCUGAACAACGAGGUUUUGAAAGCCAACCUGGCCCCUCUGCUUGACCAGCCUCUGCCGAACGACUACCUGGCUGUGAUCAAAGGGAAGCUAGAUGAGGUCUACCCAGAUGGGAUCCCGGAUGAUCAGCUUAAGGUGCUGAGCUAUUUCUCGCGCUUGUACAGCCCAGAGGAGAUCCGCAAGUGGAAAGUGACCUCUAAUGACACCCUCAUGGCAUUACUGAACCCGGACGGUGGGGCUUGGAAGCCGGAUCAGCUCAAGCAGCUGAUUUCGACUUACCUGGAGCUGGGGGGCAACCUCACGGGUUCCUUGCUGAGCGCGCUGGAGGGCAGGAACCUCUGCCUGCUGGAGGCCGACCAGCUCAGGCAAAUCAGCCCAGAAUCGAUUGGGCAUGCGGAGAAAUUGGACGUUUCCUCUUGCUCCCAAGGCCAAAAAGACAUCCUGUACGAAAAAGCCCGAGCUGCUUUUGCCAAUCAAGAAGGGACUUCGGCCUAUUAUCCCUUAAUUCAGCCCUAUCUAGGCGGAGCGCCUGUGGAAGAUCUGAGGAAGCUGGCCAGAUCCCAAGUGGCAAUGGACAUCAAUACCUUCACUAACUUGAAGCCAGAGGAAUUAAAGGAACUGAGCGUGCAGGAUGCGAAAGAUUUGCUCGGUGUCCACCUGCCAGAGUUGAAAGAUGCUGAGAGCCACCCGUCGGUUGCCAUGUGGAUCAAAAGUCACUUUCAGUCUGAGUUGGAUGCACUUGGGAUUGGUCUCCAAGGAGGGAUGGCGGCCCCUUCACCAACCAGCGGCACAACAGCCAUUCCAUUUGCUGACGAAACAUCUGUCUCUGUUGAGACAACCAACGCAACUAUCAUCGGCCUACAUCCUGAAACUGCUGUCCCCAUCGGAUCGACAGAGAUCUCUGAUGUCGCAACUACUUCAGAGGGUACCGCCAGCAGGUUUCCGGUUCCCACAACUCUCACGGACACCUCUAGGGCCACAACAGUUUCCCAUGACAUCACAGCCAAUGUCACAGUUGUUGCAGUGACCAGAGGCAUCAACACAACUUCCAUUCUCAACACAACAGUCUCUAGCAAUGUCAUAGUGGAUGGGACGGUUCCUCCCACCAUGGCUACACAUAGCAACGUAUCUACCUCUCGCAAUGGCAUAGUGGCUUCGACCAGCGUUGCAACCAAUGGGACAAUUCUUCCAAUUGUGGACACAGACAUCAGUGUGACUACCUCAGUUGCCACUGCAGGGGCCUUGACCAAUGUCACAAACAAUGGGUCAGUUCUCCCAACCGUUGUCACUCACAUCAACGCAACCAGCUCUGUCCUCACAACAGAAGCCUCCACCGGUGCCACAACUGGUGGGACGACGCUUCCUUCUACAGCCACGUCCGUCAACGUAACUUCUUCCAUCAACACCACAAUGGCCUCCAACAACAUCACAAACAAUGGGAUAAUCCUUCAUACUCUUGAAAUGCACAUCAACGAGACGAGCACCCCCAAAGCAACCAUUUCCCAUGGACCUACUCCUGAUGUCAACCGCUCAUCCUCCACACCGGAAGCGAGCCUGACCACUUCUUCUGAACAGCCGCUGCCACCGCCGGGCCCUCUGCCAAAUUCCACCACGUCGGCAUUUCCCUACAGAGCCUCAACAACUAGCGGGAAAACAUCAGCUGCUUCCAGUAGGACUACUGUCCCUAUCUUUGGAACUCCCCAUGGAACAGCCAGCUCCCCCAACCCGGUCCGGCCUCACACAACAAUCGCUGCAACACCCAAGAAGGGGACCACCAGCAGAGCACCACCGGAAACAGAACAGCCGUCCUAUCCGACACCGAACGGCUACAUCAACGUGAAGCCUUUAAGUGCCUCACCUUCCUGCUCAUCUCUCAGCUGUCUUCUUCUGACCCCAUCCCUCGCUGUUGGACUCUUGGUUCUCAGGGGGCAUUUCUGAGACCAUCGUUGCUGGCGGUCCGGGGCUAGAUUGCCCCAAAUUCCCCCUUUCCCCACCAGUUAUUUGUGACAGCAAACACAAGAACUUCAGAACUCUACAAGGGAAACCAGGUCAGCUCCGGUCUUAUUGAGACUACUGGCUGCAACCAUUUUCACACACGAAACAGCCAACAUUUUGAAGUGAUUGCCCGCCAAAUGUGAAGUUGUGUUUCUUCCCUUCUCCCCUCUGACAUCUCCUUGGCAAGUGAGCCAGAAGAUACUUCAACAAAAAACCCUGGAUCCUGCAUGGGUCAUUGGAACGGCAGCAACAACAAUUCAGCAAUGAGAAGAAAAGGACUGGAUGGACAAAUAUUGCCGGACAGCCAAGCUGUUGGGUUUUGCUGAAUAAAAGAAGAACUCAUCCUAGGGUUGUUCAACAGGGAAAUAUGACGGGAGGGUGGAUAGAUGUGGCAAUCUGAGAAGCAUCACGUCUGAGCGAGCGGAGGUUCCCGCAUGCAGAUCAGGAGUAACCGGAGAGGGAGAGAACGGCAUUUCCCCCCAGGGGCCAAAUCAGUAAAGGGAAAAACAGGGCUCCCCUUAGGCAGAAGUUCUGCCUUGUUUACCUAACCCAGUGGUUCUCAACCUUCCUAAUGCCGCAAUCCUUUAAUACAGUUCCUCAUGUUGUGGUGACCCCCAACCCUAACAUUUAUCCAUUUUACAGAUGGAGAACACUGAUGCAGAGAGGCGACCCCUGUGAAAGGGUCGUUCGACCCCCAGGUUGAGAACCACUGACCUAACCUGUAAAUAGCAACAGCUCUGAUUUGGCCAGGUGUGAGAUUGGAGAGUCUUUUCAAGGACUACUGCUUUGGUUUCCUAGCAAAAAGCACAGGAAGUCUUCGUGGGUGGGAGGGGAAGACCACCGGCAAAAUGGGUUUUGGCAGCAAGGUUCCAGCCCCCCAAGUGUGGGAGGGGGGCAGUGGGGUGUCUCUCAAAACUGCCUUUGAGAUGUACCUUCAGUCCAAAGUCUCAAAGGGCUUCUGGCUCCACGGGCUUGGGAGGUAGGGGUCAUUCCAAGGGCAUCAGGAGCUGUCCGUGGUCCUAAUUUCCUGGAGCUGGGUGUGUGUGUGUGUGUGUGUUCAUGUAGAGCAGGGGUCUGCAACCUGCGGCUCUCCAGAUGCUCAUGGACUACAAUUCCCACCAGCCCCAAUUGGCCAUGCUGGCAGGGGCUGAUGGGGAUUGUAGUCCAUGAACACCUGGAGAGCCGCAGGUUGCAGACCCCUGAUGUAGAGAAUAUGGACAUGUGCAAACACACCCAGUAAUCCACAAUCUUAACUCGCAGGCAGCAGUUUUUAUGUGGAAAUGACCUUCUCUUUGGUUGCAAUAAAAUGUUACAAAUA